GAAAAUUUAUUUAAUUAGUCGUGAAAAGAAUUUUGUAAAAUAGGAAGAUGUUGCGUAAAAUAAACUUUCCUGUAGAAAUUCCCUUAUUUUGUUGCAUAUAUAGCCAGAUUCUAUUGGGUACUAUAUCAUCAAAUCUUUACAUAUACAGAACGUGCUAUGUUACACUUGGGUAUGAUAAAUCCGAUUGUGCUCAAUUGGGAAGAGAAACAAACAACAUGACCAAGAAUUUAGAAACAUUGGUUCAACCUACAGUAAAUGAAAUUGAUAUGGCAUCAAAUUUAAGUCAAACGUUUAUUCCCUUGAUAAUGAAUUUGUUUAUCGGAUCCUGGUCAGAUAAAUAUGGGAGAAAACCGUUUUUGGUAAUAAGUUUAAUAGGUUUAGCUCUAACCUCUGUUCUUAUGACAAUAUUCGCCUACUUCGAAAAUUUAUCGCCUUGGAUAUUUCUUAUCUCGUCAAUACCAUCAAUGUUUACUGGUGCAUUUAGUGCUACGUUUAUAACCAUCAAUUUGUAUAUAGCAGAUAUUACCACACCAGAAACCCGUGUUUUCAGGUAUGGUAUUUACCAAGCAGUAAUGGCCUUGGCUUCUCUCAUUGGAAACCUUAGUGGAUCAUAUUUAUUUUACGCUACCAGUUAUGUAGCUGUAUUCUCUGUAGCCACGGCCUUGUUAGCAAUAAGUGUUUUUUAUACGAUAUUUUUAUUACCAGAAUCUCUAGAUGUGGAACGAAGAGUUCCAAAAAUAAAGGAUCUAAUCAAAAUGAUGAACAUUAUGGAUACUUUCUCUAUUACCUUCAAAGAAAGAGAAUCUAACAAAAGAAAAUCUCUGAUUAUUAUCCUCAUACUUAUUAUAGGUUUUAAUUUUAUUUAUUAUGGAGACCUGGCUGUAAGAGUUUUAUUUUUGCGAGAAAAAAUUCAAUGGACAUUAACAGAAAUAACAUACGGAAAUAGUUUUGCCAGCGUUGUCUACAUUUUUUGUAUGAUAUUUGGAACAACAAUAUUGUACAAAAAACUUAACGAAAUGCAUUUAUGCAUGUUGGCUAUUUUUUCCAUGGGACUCUCCAGCUUACUUAAGGGUUUGGCCCAAAACGGGAUUUAUAUUUACGCAGGUUUCGCAGUAGAAGGAUUUGUUGGUUUAGGUACUUCUAUGUUACGAACUAUAUUAACAUAUAUUUUACCCUCUAAUGAAUUGGGUAAAGUCUACAUGACAUCUAGCGCCUUAGAUGGCAUAUUUUGUUUAGUGGCUUCUUCUGCCUUAUAUCCGGCUAUUUAUGGAGCUACUCUUACGACAUAUCCGGGAAGCUUUUUCUUUCUGGAUGUAGCAAUUAAUUCUGCAAUGGCAGUACUCUUAUUGUAUCUUAUGAGGCACCCUAUACCCAGAAAUAGUGAACCAGAAAAAGAAGAUUUAGGAAAAGUCAAUAAAAUUGAGUCUGACAUCAUUUUUAACACCAAAGAUAUCGAAAAAUUUUAGCGGAAAGGAAUAGAAAUCUCAUUACUCAACGCACCAUUAAGUAAAACAUAAAUUAUUAUGUUCCAUGAACAUGCCUGAUUUGUUUAAUUAAUUUAUAAGUCAAUCAAUGUAUGUACACUGCAACAUAAAAAACGCUGUACUACCAUUAUUUCUAUAAACAAUUUAAAGGUAAAUUGAAAUAUAUAUAUAUAUAUAUAUAUAUAUAUAUAUAUAGUGA